AACUAGGAGGGUAUGGAGCCGCUAGUCAUACACGGUAGCUAGCGGCCUCCACAGUGAAAUGGAUGAACAAAGGGUAUGAGAACUUACAGAGGAAACCCCGAUCCGUUUAGGAUUUCGACAGUUUUGGACGUCUAAAGUAGUUUAAAAGCAAGGAGAGGCGAGCUAGAGAAGAAGAGAACCUGAGGGAGAAAACCAAGACCCCAUUGCCAUUGGAAAUUCGAUACUUACAAACGAUUGAAGCUCAUGUCACUGAGGGAGGAGAACUUCGACGGUAGGCUUGUGGGUCUUUUAAACUUUUCCAUCGAUUUCUUCUCAAAAACCCUAACGAAAGCUUUACAAUCUCUACAUGGUUAGAUUGCACCGAGAGUUCUUUGGUUUGUGGAGGAAAAGAAACCAAGAGGGGGAAGGAAGAAUCGAAGAAGGAAACAAAUCAAGCAAGUUUUAAUUGACGUAACAUAAAACUUAUUAGUCUUAAAGCACCACAGAGAGUAAUAAGAAUCUACAAACUGUCUGAUUGACACCAACGAGUAAACUCACCUCGUGCUUAGGAUCCCAUAAAUCUUUGAGUAGAAGAUUCAAAUCUUUACCUUCUUCCAAAGUAAAAAGUUAGUUAAGCAUAAUUAAUUAAGAGCCUUGUAAUCAACAUCUUUAAUAUCAAUCAGAUCAUUGCUUUGUUUGAGAUUUUGGAACUGGGCCAUAUUAGCCAAUGGCCACCCAAUAAAUGCCCACAACGGCACCACCACGCCUUUUUAACCAUCAACCAUAACUCACUAAAUGCGAUCAAAUUCCCAAUUCCCAAGUCUUGUUUUCAGACGACAUUGUGUGAAAACCGCUCCCAAAAAUCUUGGGGAGAAGACAAGGAUGAAUCUCACACGCCAUUGCUGGAUUCUCAAGCUCUCACCCAUUUCUAUAAAUUUCUCCAUGUUAUCUCAAGUUCUUCCCCAACAAUCCCCAUGGAUUCUCCCUCUUUAAUGCCCUUUUUCUCCUUCAUUCUCGUUUUCGCUGCGAUUCCGGUUUCUCUUUCACUGCCCUUCGUUGUUCUCCAUGGCAUAGGAAGUCAGUGCUCAAGUCAAGGGCUUAAAAACUUCACUGAACUACUGAGUAACUAUUCUGGCGUUGAAGGAUAUUGCCUUGAAGUCGGGAAUGGAGUGUUGGAUUCUUGGUUUAUGCCCCUUGAGAAACAGGCUGGAAUUGUUUGUGAGAAGGUGAAGAAAAUGGAGGAACUCAAAAAAGGUUACAAUAUAGUUGGUCUCUCCCAGGGUAACUUGAUAGGCAGAGGAGUUGUUGAGUUUUGUGAUGGAGCACCACCAGUCAAGAACUUCAUAUCUUUAGCAGGCCCUCAUGCUGGCAUUGCUUCCGUUCCUCUCUGUGGUUCUGCCAUUUUCUGUCGCUUUGCAGACGAACUAAUCAAGUCGGAGAUCUACAGUGAUUAUGUUCAAGAUCAUCUAGCUCCCAGUGGCUUUCUCAAAUUACCAAACGCUAUCCCAAAAUAUUUGGAGAAAUGCAAGUUUCUUCCUAAGCUCAACAAUGAACUCCCACAAGCGAGAAACUCAACCUAUAAGCAACGAUUCAGUAGCCUACAAAACUUGGUGCUAAUUAUGUUCGAGCACGACACGGUUUUGGUCCCCAGAGAAACCUCCUGGUUUGGUUACUACAAAGAUGGGGCUUUUAAUUCAACUAUACCUCCACAACAGACAAAACUUUACAUUGAAGACUGGAUUGGAUUGCAAACAUUGGAUAAAGCAGGGAGAGUGAAGUACAUAAGCGUUUCUGGAGAUCAUGUUAAAAUUUCCAACAGUGACAUGAGAAAGUAUGUGGUACCAUACUUGCAAGGAUAAAGAAUCAAUCAGAUGGAUGUGGGAGAGUCAAUGACCACCAGUAUUGAUUAAAUUAAGAGUAACGAAAAGAAGAAGAUAAUUCACAAAACCAAGCUCUCUGAAUCCUAAUUUACCAUGUAAGCCUAUUUUUACAAAUAUAUAUGGAAA